AUGGAUAAUAUAGGAACGCAUCUCCACCACACGCAGGUAGACGCCAUCAGUUUCGGGAUCGAUCAGAUUCUGAACAAUGCAGACCAGGGGAGCUGUAUGAUUUCCAGCCCCAGAAUGCAGGAUUUGGACUACGGCUUGGGGAGCAUUGUCAGCACCGCUUACAAUACAAUGACAGGCAACUACAAUAACAACAGUUCUGGCGGAUACAGCGGCAAUACGUGUGGCGUUGCUUCUCUCGGUAGCCCGUACAAUAUGAACAUGGGCAUGACCGCUAACGGGAAUAGUCUUAAUUCGUCGGGGGUGAUCCGGGUGCCAGCGCACCGGCCGCUGAACGGCGUUCACUCAUCCAUUCCCACAAACGGAGCAACGGUGCCAAGUAUGGGAAGCGUGGGCACAAUAAACAAUCUCACAGGAUUAACAUUUCCAUGGAUGGAGAGUAACAGACGAUAUACCAAAGACAGAUUUACAGUGGCCCUCUCACCCUUCACUGUAACACGCCGUAUAGGUCACCCAUACCAGAACCGGACACCCCCGAAGAAGAAAAAGCCCAGGACGUCAUUCACUCGGCUCCAGAUCUGUGAACUGGAGAAGCGCUUUCACCGUCAGAAGUAUCUGGCGUCAGCAGAGAGAGCAGCUUUGGCGAAAGCACUUAAAAUGACCGAUGCUCAAGUCAAAACAUGGUUCCAGAACAGAAGAACAAAAUGGAGGAGACAGACCGCUGAAGAAAGAGAGGCCGAGCGACAGCAAGCGAACCGAAUCCUGAUGCAACUACAACAAGAGGCCUUUCAAAAGACAAUAAACCAACCUGUAACCCCGGACCCGAUCUGCCUGCACAACAGCUCCCUAUUCGCAUUACAGAACCUUCAACCAUGGACUGAAAACACGAGCAAGAUCAGCAGUGUUUCCAAUUGCGAUUAG